GCGGUGCACUGAAACUUUCGAAUCCGCUCUAAGAUUGAGGACUAAGAUGGAAUUCUGCAUCAUCAUUGUUACAGGCUUCUACGUAAUAGUAUGUGGCUCCUGCACCAGCAUCAACGUCAUUUCUACCGGAGACGGCAAGAUGUACAAUACACACGACUACGGCGUUGACGUCAAGACUAUCUCAUCACUUCUCUUCCGGGUGAAGGGAUGCCACGAUGGUUACAUACGUCUGUAUGAUGGUCCUGACUUUUCUACUGCCAAGAAGGCAUACAUAUUACUCGGUGGAUGGGGAAAUGAUAAAUGUUUGAUGGAACCCUGCAGUGGCUGUUCCACCCGAUACUCGCAACGAUAUCCGUACUUAAACUGCAAUGAGAUGAGACCAAUGUGGGUCAACUGGACCGGCAGACUGCUUAGCGUCGGUGAGGGGGAUUAUGUUGGAGAACAGAUGUUCAUGUUUACUAAUGAGCAGAGGGACUUUGAUGUCCAGUACUUUGCAGUUGGAUCCGGUUGGAACCGAGUAUUUGACUGGGAAUUUGAUGGCAAGGCUGGGAACUACUUUGAGCGGGUGGUGCCUAAUGGUUGGAGUACACGUCAAAUGCUGUCUUCACUGACGUCCAACUCUAAGUUUAAGUGCAUCAUGAGUUGUCAAGGCAGGAUCAGAUGCAGAUCAAUCAGCUACCAGAACACGACCAACAUCUGUCAGUUAUACUUCGAACGAUCACGACCCGUUGAUAUCGACCCUGACAACACUUGGGAAACAUGGAUGGAGAGAAAUGUGUAAAUGAUGCUCUUGGCGUCUACAUUUGACAUUGUGACUGAAAAUUAUGCACCCGCUAUCUUUUCGAGGAAGAAUCGAAAUUAAGGUUAUCUCAAACUUCCCCGAUUACCGCUCAGACACAAAUCCAGUGUUGUGGACCUCUCUCUUUGUGACAUUAAACUAACAAAAACUAGUAGCUAUACCUUGUGCUUUGUGUCUCGUAUAUGUACCCCGCACGAUGUAGCAGGAGUGUUUCGUUUGUUUGUUCGUUCGUUUUGUUUAAUGCAGCACUCAGCAAUAUUCCAGCUACAUGACGGCGGUCUGUAAA